AUGUCUUCCGCUCCCUGGGACUACAUCGCCAAGCUCGUCUGCAUCGGGGACUCGGGAUGCGGUAAGUCGUCGCUCACGAUCCGACUUUGCGAGGGGCGCUUCAGCCCGCAGCACGACGUCACCAUCGGCGUCGAAUUCGGCUCUAGGAUCGUCCCCGUUGGCCCGCCGCACUCCAAACAACAACAACAAUCAUCGUCCUCUUCCUCCGUGGCCGACGGGGGCCUUCCCGAUCCCCCCCGCGCCUCCUCCACCACACCACAGAAGCACAUGAAAUUAUCCCUCUGGGAUACGGCGGGACAAGAAACGUAUAAAUCCGUAACCCGGUCCUACUUCCGCGGCGCUUCCGGCGCCCUCCUCGUCUUCGACAUAACGCGGCGCUCGACCUUCGACCACGUAACCGACUGGCUGAACGACCUGCGCGCGAUCGCCGACCCGGACAUCGUCGUCAUCCUAGUCGGGAACAAGCUGGACCAAGCGCAACCCGACAACGACAACGACAGCACCAACGAUAAGCGCGAGGUCCCCGCCCAGGAGGCCCACGACUGGGCCCGCCGCAACGGCGUCCUCCAGUACGUCGAGACCUCGGCCAAGUCCGGCGAGAACGUCGAGGAGGCCUUCAUGCGCGUCGCCGAGCGCAUCUUCGAGAACAUCAACGCCGGCAAGUACGACCUCAACGACCGCCGCUCCGGCGUCAAGGGCCCCGGCCCCGGCGCUGGCGCGAAGAACGUUCGCUUGUCCGCCGCCGACGCCGGCAGAGGCGCCGCCGCUGGUUGCUGUUAA